AUGCCGGUGAUACAAUAUAUAAGAGCCUCCGUAUCCAGUCCAGUCAACCAGUAUGCCAGAAUCCUGUUCAGUAGUAAUACGGGCUACUGUGUAAUGGAGCUAUCCAAGGAAUCUUGUGGUGAUGAUAUUAGCGAUAUCAGUGAGGGAGCCGAAGAGAAGAAGAUAAAAGAGAAAAAAGAUACUACUUCAACUAGCAAGUCUAUUAUUGUUAAAAUAGAAAACCAUAUCCAUUCCAAUGAUGAAAAUGUGGCUUUGAGAAAGGGCAAUCAUCAGUUUCAGAUGCUUCACCAACAACCGGGCUCAUCAUCAAUGGCAUUACAUAUUGCAAUCUGUGCUCCUUCCUACUUCAAUAAUGAAAAUGAUGAGGUCUUGCGAAAGUGGAAUCAACUUCAAGCUUUUGGGGGGUUUGGUAAAGGUUAUUAUUCGUCCAAUAUGUCACCUGUAGAGUUCACAUCUGAAAAUCCAUAUUGUCGUUUCAAAGUAGUUUGCUAUACAAAAAUUCCCAAUUAUCGUAAUGAAGAUGGUAUUGUGCAAAUUAUAAUUGGAAGGGGCCUUUCAGAAGUGGAAUAUUACGGGGUAUUUUUUAUUGUACCUACAUUUGUGGAAUUAAAAAUUAAAAUAAAUUAUUUAUUGUUUAUAGGAAUUGAUCCAGCAUUGUGGGAACUGGGCAAGCAAAAAAAUCCUGACCCAAAGAAAUUGAUACCUGUUGUAAAAGUGGGAUUUCAGGAAUUACAGAAACAGUUCAAGUAUCAAGAAGAAUAUGGCAAUAAAAUUCAUAAUAGUAUGAAGAAUAUCAUGGAUGAUAUAAGACAAUUAAGUUGUAUGCAGACGACAAUUAAAGUUACCAUUCAGAAUUUUAAGUUGAAACAGACAAAUAUAAUGCGCCGAGUUCUAAAAUUGGUGUCAGCACAAGAGGUUGAAAGGAAAAAAAAUCUACCACUAGAAGAAAUAGAGGAUCAGAUUCGACUGCGAUUAGAAAACUUGUAUAUGCAGCUGCAGGACCUCAAGGGAUGUUUGAAUGAACUAAUGGCUCAGUCUAUAAAGCCUGGUAGUUUUCCGCGAGCCCAACGGUAUGGACUGGUUGUUGACAAAGUGCAGGAUAUAUCACAAUACCUAAAAUGGCAGCAGGAUGCACUUCAGGCUAUAGUUAACAUACUUAAGGAAGAUAUACAAGUGGUCGUUAACAUAAAGAAGAACAUCAGCUAAGUUUUGA